AUGGAUUUCGUCAACAAGCUCACGGGAGGCGAUAAGAAGCAGGACGAGCAGCAGCAGAGCCAGCAGUCCUCCGGCAGCAGUGGAGGAGGAGGCUUCAUGGACAAGAUCAACAGCAUGGCUGGCGGUGGUCCAGAGAGCGAGAAGAAUGAGGACGCGCUCGACAAGGGUGUCGACUGGGUACAAGAACAUGUCCUGGGCCAGGGCGACCAGAGCAACGAGAGCGCCAUCGAGCAAGCCAAGGACGAGCAAAUCUCCGAUUACAUCCGCGACCAGUACAAGAAGACCACCGGUAGCGACUUUCCCGUCAAGGACAAGGAGCACAAGUUUGGCCAGUAG